AUGGAGGCCUCGGCGGGCGGCGGGGCCGCGCGGCGCUGGUACUUCAGCCGCGAGCAGCUGGAGCGCAGCCCGUCGCGCCGCGCCGGCCUCGACCCCGACAAGGAGCUCUCGUACCGGCAGCAGGCGGCCAACCUGCUGCAGGACAUGGGCCAGCGCCUCAACGUCUCGCAGCUCACCAUCAACACGGCCAUCGUGUACAUGCACCGCUUCUACAUGGUGCAGUCCUUCACGCAGUUCCACCGCAACUCGGUGGCGCCGGCGGCUCUCUUCCUGGCGGCCAAGGUGGAGGAGCAGCCUCGGAAGCUGGAGCACGUCAUCAAGGUGGCCCACGCGUGUCUGCACCCCCUGGAGACCCUGCUGGACACGCGGAGCGAGGCCUACCUGCAGCAAGCCCAAGACCUGGUCAUUCUGGAGAGCAUCAUCCUGCAGACCCUGGGCUUCGAGAUCACCAUCGACCACCCGCACACCCACGUGGUGAAGUGCACGCAGCUAGUGCGAGCCAGCAAGGACUUGGCCCAAACUUCCUAUUUCAUGGCUACCAACAGCCUGCACCUGACCACCUUCAGCCUGCAGUACACGCCUCCCGUUGUGGCCUGCGUCUGUAUCCACCUGGCUUGUAAGUGGUCCAACUGGGAGAUCCCAGUCUCCACGGACGGGAAGCACUGGUGGGAAUACGUUGAUGGCACUGUAACUCUGGAGCUCUUAGAUGAACUGACGCACGAGUUCCUGCAGAUCCUCGAGAAAACUCCCAACCGGCUCAAACGCAUCCGGAACUGGCGGGCUUCUCAAGCCGCCAAGAAGUCGAAGGCUGACGAGCACGGCGAGGACGAGAGCCUCUCGGAGCAGACCAUCCUCAACAUGAUCUCCAGGAACAACAGCUCCGACAUGAACAUCGCGGGGCUCAUGAGCAUGUCGACGUCCUCCACGGCCGGCGCGGGGCCGGCGCUGGCGGCCGCCGCCGACUCGCCCGGCGAGCCGGGCGCUGCCGAAACAUCCCAGGCUGAACCCUGGCUCUCCCAGCACCCGCCCGCCAAGCUGGAGGGUGCCCAGGGCCACAGGACUAGCGAGAGCUCGGUGGGCGCCGAGCACCCGUCGCAGCAGGACGGCGCCGCGUACCCCAAGCAGAGCGGCAAGAACGCGCCGGCGGCCAAGGUCUCGCUCAAGGAGUACCGGGCCAAGCACGCCGAGGAGCUGGCGGCGCAGAAGCGCCAGCUGGAGAACAUGGAGGCCAACGUGCGCUCGCAAUACGCCUACGCGGCGCAGAACCUCCUGGUGCAGCAGCAGCGCGAGAGGGAAGUGCAGCAGGACGGCAACGCCUCUGCCCUCGUGCUCAAAAUCGCCGCGGAGAACGCCGAGCGCUCCGGCCCCGACAAGAGCGACAAGGCCUCGGCCCUCAAGCUGAGGAUCCCGGUGGCGGGCGGAGGCGGCGAGAGGCCGCUCUCUUCCAAGCAGGAGGAGAUAAAAAUGCGCAUCAAGGUGCCGGCCGGGGCGGAGCGGCACGGCCCCGCGGACGAGAGCGGCGCCAAGGCCCGCGAGCACAAGGAGAAGCACAAGGGCCACUCCUCCAACCACCACCACCACCACCACAACCACCACUCGCACAAACACUUGCACGUGCCGCUCGGCGCCGGCCCCAGCGCCGCGGCCAGCAAGCGCCCGGGGGACUCCAAGCACGGCGGCCAGGCGGGCGCCGGGCCCCACAAGGGCUACGCGUUGGCCGGCUCGUCCCGCAAGAGACCCCUGCCCGAGGAGGCCACGGCGCACGAGCACCAGCCCAAGGUGGGCAAGAGCUCCAAGGGCGCCGCGCUGCCCUUCGCCUACGCGCACGGCGCGGCCCACGCGCCCGACGCCGCCGCGCUCUCCCUCUCGCAGGCCGCCAAGGGCCGCGCCGCGCACGGCAAACUGGACAAGGGCCCCGCGGGGGCCAACGGGCACAACGCCGGCCAAGCCAGCGACUACCAGGACACGGUGAACAUGUUGCACUCGCUGCUGAGCGCGCAGGGCAUGCAGCCCAGCGCCGGCCCGGCCUUCGAGUUCCACUCCUACGGCGAGUACUUGAACCCGCGGGCGGGCGCCGGCUCCCGCGGCGCCAACACGGACAAACCCCGACCGCCCCCGCUGCCCUCGGAACCGCCCCCGCCGCUGCCCCCGCUCCCCAAGUAA